AUGACUAUUCUCUCGACUGCAUUUCUAAAGGGACUGCAGCGAACCAGCCAGGACUCUAAAGCUGCUGAGUUCACAAUGAAGCUGGUGCCAAACCUCCUUCUUUGCUUGCUGCUGCUGGUGAAACUGUAUCACGCUGAAACAGCAGAUGAAGAACCACAGCCACCUAAAGGGCCUUGUGCAAAUUGGAUGGGAGGAGCACCAGGAUACCCAGGCCACAACGGUGUCCCAGGCAGAGAUGGAAAGGAUGGGAAAGACGGGCAAAAGGGAGAGAACGGAGUGCCAGGUGAGCCAGGCCCCAAAGGGGAUACUGGAGAGGGAGGAGCUCCUGGCACUGAAGGCCCAAGAGGAUUUCCAGGAAUCCCAGGGAUGAAAGGGGAGAACGGAGAAGGUGCUUAUGUUUACCGAUCUGCCUUCAGUGUUGGGCUCACCAGCAGAGCCCCCGUCCCCAACAUUCCCAUCAGAUUCACAAAAAUCUUCUACAACGAACAAAAUCACUACGAUGAAACCACGGGAAAGUUCCGCUGCAGUAUCCCAGGCCUGUACUAUUUCACAUACCACCUCACUGUGUAUAUAACAGAUGUGAAAGUCAGUCUGUACAAGAAGGACAAGGCCAUGCUAUUCACCUAUGAUCAGUUCCAGAAAAACAAUGUCGACCAAGCUUCCGGGUCUGUUUUGCUUCACCUGAGUGCCGGAGAAGAAGUCUGGAUUCAAGUGUAUGGAGAAGAAGAAAAAGAAAACAAUGGCAUCUAUGCUGAUAAUAUCAAUGAUUCUACUUUCACGGGUUUCCUCCUUUAUCCAGACUUGGGUCUUCAUUAAAGUGGGAGUCCAGUACAUGAGGGAGGAAAGGAAGGAUUAGCCAAGGAAUUGAUUUGCGAACACUCUAGGUUUUCCUAUGCACUAUUUCCACACUGUGGUUACUAGCAAACUGUUUUGUAGGGCUUUAGACUAGGUAUUAUAAUCACCAUGGAUGAAAUCCUGGCCCCAUUGAAAUCAAUGGGAGUUUUUCCAUUGACUUCAGUGGGGCUAUAAUUUCACCCCACUUCGCCACUUCUGCCCUCUUUCCAAACUCU